AUGCCCCUAUUUCAAGAUCCGGAUCGGCGGCGCCAUUAUCUAUGGUCACCGGAUCAUAGACAGGAACAGCCAACUACAGGGUCCUCUGAGGCCCCCAAGGAUCUUCACCACCAAGAUUUUACAGAACCUGUCCCUAAAUAUUCAAGGCCGUCGCAGUCAACGGAGCCGGACAUGCCAGGACCGUGGGCUAACGACCGGGAGGAGCUUAUACAUCGUAUCAAGGAAUCUUCGCCUUGGAGACUUCAACCCUCGUCAACCGACAAGAAAGAUGGUGACGUCUUCAUGCCCCGCAGGUCACAGGAACACCAAAGUGUAUUAGGACAACAACAAGAGCCUUCCAUCGGAAAUCAACGUGGUGAAGAUGAGACGGAUGAACUGGGAUCGCCGGCCGAUAUCCAGAGACCUCGGUCAGCGUUACACUCGGGCGACUUCAGGGAAGGUGCCACAGAUCACCAUGACCCGCCAACACCGCGGCCUCUAUUUAAGGAGCGAAAUACAGUCUCUCCUUUUGCUCACCUGGGCUCUUCUCCUACGACACCCUGGUUUGGAGCUCCGCCAUUUGCAUCUUUACAAACCCCAACCACAUCAAAUGACAAUCUGCAAACCAUUCCGUUCGCCGGGAACACCCGUGCUCGGGCACCCUCGCUGGGUUCGUUCUCCUCAAGCUAUGUGCUCAAAGCUCCAACAAGCCCGCUCGUGUAUCAAGCAAAUAAUACAGACCUGGACUUUUCGCCUCGCAUCGAGCCCGUGGAUGUAUCAGACCCUUCAGAGAAAGCCAACCGUCGCCGGACCUUACCCCCAGAGACUUUCGGAAAUCUUCAAUUUUCUCCGCCAAGUCAAAGCCAACAUGCCAUGAACAUUGGCAGCCCAUGCCCGCCCGGGAGGCAGCGGGGUUUGUUCGCCAAUCAAAUUUCUCGUCCUCGUCGUUCAUUGACUGCGGCCUAUAGUCUCCAGCUCGCGCCGUCACCUGCGGGUCAGGUCAUGCCAUCCCACUUCAGAAGGCCAUCUUUAAGCGGAGACAACUCGCCCAAACCUCAUGCUCCGAUGGUAGGGUCUUACGAGGAGUCUAUCUUGCGGGGACGAAUGUCUAUGAACCCAUCCAAGCCUCUGGAUUUCACGGCUCAGAUCGGUGUUUUAGGAAAAGGCAAUUGCAAAGGUCACCUCAAGUGCCCACCCCAUGUUACGGUGCCUUUCCCAGUGGUCUUUUAUAGCUACCCAACCUCGGGCAACGGACGGUCCAUCUCAGAUGACAAUCCAAGUCCAUACGUGGGACAGAUUGACCUGGAGAACUCACUUCCCAAAGAGAGUGAAGUUCCAACUAGACGUCGCAGGCGACACACAAGUCCAGCAAAACACCGAGAAGAUAUAUCUGGUGCAGAAAGAGCGAACGCUUCCCGAACUACUGAAGCGGAUAGCCGCCGCCGAAGAGAAAAGAAGAACCGCAGAUCCGAAUCACCUAAAUGUCCUCCAGGGGGGUCUUAUCGAAUACCGCAGCAAGGACAGUUACAGAUCAUCAUCAAGAACCCUCACAAAACAGCAGUCAAGCUGUUCUUGGUUCCGUAUGAUCUCGAGGAUAUGGAGCCCGGUACAAAGACCUUCAUUCGUCAACGCAGCUACUCGGCUGGUCCGAUCAUCGAUAUGCCGCUCAGUGCACGAAAGAACUUUGGGACCGAUCGCCCGGAAGCUUCCUUGAAUGCUACAGAAGAUCCCCAAGAUAAACCCACUUUGCGAUAUUUGAUUCAUCUCAAUAUAUGCUGUCCCGCGCGUGGGCGAUUUUACCUACAUUCGAGCAUUCGGGUUGUGUUUGCCAAUCGUGUUCCAGAUGGCAAAGAGAAGCUGCGAAAUGAAAUUCAAAAUCCCGAGCCUCGUUAUAGCCCUUACAAACCGUCUCGAGAUACUUCUCUAGCAACGAGCGCAAACGCGCGAGCGGCGAUUGAGAAAGCAUGCCGCAGGCGAAGUGUUGGCCAGGGAUCAAUACCUAGUUUACGUCCUCAUCUGUCGUCACCAGGCGGCCUUCCCUCACAGCUGGAGAUUCCAACGCCCAUGGAUCUUGAUGAUCCCUCUCAACUUAGUCCACGCUCGCAAACUACAUCUUUUUAUAACAAGCUCACCAAAGACGAUGUGGGAUAUGGAGGUCACACUUUCAUCCCCAGUCAGUCUGGUCCAGAAGGUGGUGAAAGCUUGCUCGCCAAAAGACUUCGAGGCCUCGAUGUCCAUCGAACCGAAUCAUCCCCAGUAGAUGAGCACCAUCCACGCACACUGGACUUCCAUAACCGAUUCCACCCUUCUCGCAAUCAUCAUCGUUGA